UUGGCUCUUCAAAUGGACCAACUACAUCAAGGGAUACCAGCGCCGCUGGUUCGUGCUUAGCAAUGGGCUGCUCAGCUACUACCGAUCCAAGGCGGAGAUGGGCCACACGUGCCGCGGCACCAUCAACCUGGCCACGGCCAACAUCAGCGUGGAGGAUUCCUGCAAUUUCAUCAUCUCCAACGGCGGAGCCCAGACCUACCACCUCAAGGCCAGCUCCGAGGUGGAGCGGCAGCGCUGGGUCACCGCCCUCGAACUCGCCAAGGCCAAGGCUGUCAAGAUGCUGGAGGAGUCAGAUGACUCCGGCGACGAGUCGGUGUCGCAGACGGACAAGACGGAGCUGCAGAACACCCUGAAGAUUUUAUCCAGCAAGGUGGAGGACCUGAGCACCUGCAACGACCUGAUCGCCAAGCACGGCACGGCCCUGCAGCGCUCCCUCAGCGAGCUCGAGGCCCUGCGGCUCCCCCCGGAGAGCACGGACAAGAUCAAGCAGGUCAACGAGCGGGCCACGCUCUUCCGCAUCACCUCCAACGCCAUGAUCAACGCCUGCCGGGAUUUCAUGCUCCUCGCACAAACGCACGGGAAGAAGUGGCAGAAGUCGCUGCAGCAGGAGCGGGACCAGCGGAUCCGGCUGGAGGAGACGCUGGAGCAGCUGGCCAAGCAGCACAACCACCUGGAAAGGGCUUUCCGGGGGGCCACGGUGCUCCCCGCCAGCACGCCCGGCACUGCAGGCUCUGGAAAAGAUCUGUGCUGCCCUGCCAAAGGCGACCUGAGUGACGAGGACGACGACAACAACGAGUUCUUUGAUGCCCCUGAGAUCUUCCCCAUGCCCGAUGUCAUGGGCCACAAGAGAACUGGGAGCAACAUCAGCGGCACCAGCAGUGACAUCAGCCUGGAUGAGCAGUACAAGCACCAGGUUGAGGACACCAAGAAGGAAAAGAGAACCCGCAUUCCGUACAAACCCAACUACAGCCUCAACCUCUGGAGCAUCAUGAAGAACUGCAUCGGGAAGGAGCUGUCCAAGAUUCCCAUGCCAGUGAAUUUCAACGAGCCGCUGUCCAUGCUGCAGCGGCUGACGGAGGACCUGGAGUACCACGAGCUGCUGGAUCGGGCGGCGCGGUGCGAGAGCUCCCUGGAGCAGCUGUGCUAUGUGGCCGCUUUCACCGUCUCCUCCUACUCCACCACCGUCUUCCGCACCAGCAAACCUUUCAACCCGCUCCUGGGGGAGACCUUCGAGCUGGAUCGCCUGGAGGAGAACGGAUACCGCUCCCUCUGCGAGCAGGUGAGCCACCACCCGCCGGCCGCCGCCCACCACGCCGACUCCAAGAACGGCUGGACGCUGCGCCAGGAGAUCAAAAUCACCAGCAAAUUCCGAGGGAAAUACCUCUCCAUCAUGCCUCUGGGCACCAUCCACUGCGUCUUCCACUCCUCCGGCAACCACUACACGUGGAAAAAGGUGACGACCACCGUGCACAACAUCAUCGUGGGGAAGCUCUGGAUAGACCAGUCAGGUGAGAUCGAGAUCGUCAACCACAAGACAGGGGACAAGUGCAUCCUCAAGUUUGUCCCUUACAGCUACUUCUCCCGGGAUGUGGCGAGGAAGGUGACCGGGGAGGUGAUGGACCCCUCGGGAAAGGUGCAUUUUGCCCUGCUGGGCACAUGGGACGAGAAGAUGGAUUGCUACAAGGUCCAGCUGGGAACAGGGGAGAACGGAGCCGAGGCGCGGCCACGAGCCCACGAGGCCGAGGACAGCCGGGUGCUGCUGUGGAAGCGGAACCCGCUGCCGUGA